AUGUACUCUGACCUGUUCAUCCGCAUCAAAUGCAAAAAGCCCAAGGAACUCAGCGACGAAGAGAUUGAACUGCCAGCUGCCAAUCCACUGCCCAGUAUGCCAACCAUAGCUCCGCUUGUUUCGACCCCCUUGCACUUUGCCCCAGCCAGGAUCCAGCCGUGCCGGGUUAUCCUGGGUAUCCAUUAUGAAGAGGUAAUGCCGAGCCUGACCCCACAUCACCUCGCCGAAACCGAGUUUGGGGCGCGCAGCUGGCCCAGUGUGCAGGACUUGACUAUUGCUGUUCGGUCGUCUCCCUUUUAUACUGUCAGUUCUUCCGAUUAUACCCCGCUUGGGGAUGUAAUCAGGUACAUUUUGUCCAAGGCGCCAAAUAUCGAGCGCUUCAGGGCUCUCAGCAAGUCGCCAAGCGAGUUGUGCGUGGGUUUGAAGGAGGCGUUGGGCGAGUACGCCGACCAGAUUACGAGCCUGGAUUUCAAAUUAUGCAGUGUCUGCAGCACGGCUGGGCUGGUAGUUCCAGGGCUAGCCUGCUUGUAUGUUGACAAAAAUACGUCAGAGGUGGGGCUCCAGAUGCCUGGGCUCAUGACAAAGACCCUACAGAUCUUGAAUAUAGCCAGUGUCAAGCUGAACAAGUUCUUCAAGGCAUUUAAGGAAGCCGCGGUAGAUGAUGCAGCUACCUUUGACAGCCUCCGGGUUCUGGACGUGCGGUUUGAUUUCGAGGAGGAGCCGGUCGAGCUAUACAGCCUGCGGGUUGACACCGUUGAGGGGCCGCCUCCAAACAUCAUGUGGAUGCCCAAGGCAGCGCCGCUAACGAAACUGGACGCAGUUGGCGACUUGGAGUUCUUCGAAAGCUUUGAUAUCACACAGUAUCCAAUGCUGGAGAUGGUAGCAAUGUGCUGGGGCGGUCCUCAGCACUUUCCGCAUUAUACUCACUUUGAAACGGUGCUGAUUAGGCCAGCAUCGAACCUAAAGAUCUUGAAUAUCCACCAGCUGGGACAUGAGGAAGUGACCCGGUGCGAUUCUGGGUGCACGUCGCUCACCACACUAAAGAUCUCGGAAUGCGCCCCCGAGCACAUGCUGCGGCACAUCGUCGCGCAGCUCCCAGUGCUGAGAAAUCUUGUAAUCGAAUACUCGUUUGCACUCCAGAAGGACACGGCAGAUCUGGAUAAAGUGCGUGCGCACUUGACAAAGACGCCAUCAGAUGAGCUCAGCCCGUCGUUGUGCACCAUUGUGCUCAACAACUACACGGACUUUACGCAGAACGCGACCUACAACAAGCGCAUGGCGAUGCUCAUCGACAUCAUGAUCCAGUCACCCUUGUUUGAGCGGCUGCAUGUGCUCGGACUUGAGAAAGCUGAGGAGUUUGUCCCUCAGCAGAAAUUCUUGGACAACCUGAAGGACUGCGAAAAUAUCAAGGCAUUGGCGGAUGUGGAUAUCGACGUCCAAGUGUGUCAGCCGUUCGAUUUUGAGAGAUUCCUAGCCGGUGAAAGCCUAGUAUAGCCUUGGAGAUAUUUAGGCCAGCAAGCCUGUGCAUGUGCGCAUAUCUGCAUUGGUGUAACUAGCGGAGCAGAAG